ACGUGAAGAAUCAAAACUGUUCAAUGCGACUAUUUUGAACCUACCCCCUCAAAUGUUAAACCAUUUUUUGUCAUUUUCUCAUGGCUAUAACAAAAAUGGACUCAACUGAAACCAAGAAACCAAUUUCCCUAAGCUAAUGGCCUUGGACAAACCCCAUCAUACUACUAGUGAGCUCUUCAUUUGCUUCACUUCUCGUCUUUCUUCAUCUUCAUCUUCCAUGAAACUUUCCAAAUCCAUUCUUAGCCCGGGCCAUGCCCGGGACCAACCUCUCUCUCUUUCCACAUCCCUUAGCCGUCGGCUUAAAGCCAACGGCAGCAUUAAAGGUGGCCAAUCCCCGGCCACCUUUCCUUCACACACUGGGAAGAAACGCGGUUCGGGGUUUGACAACCCCGAACCUUCUUCCCCUAAGGUAACUUGUAUUGGACAAGUGAAAAUGAAAACGAAGAAGAAAGUGAAACAAACACGAAGUUUGUCAAACAGAAGGAGUGAUGUAAGUUUUAGGAAACUAGAACAAGCCGCCCCUGAUCAAGAAAGGGGAUUGUUAAUUCAGAGUCAAAGGAGUUCAAGUGUGCAUUUUCAGCCGCAAGAUCAAUGUGUGCAUAGAAAUCAGAGGUGGGUUCAUUUGCCAUCGACGAUAUACGAAGCUUUGAGAGAGUUUAGCUGUUUGUUUCCAUGUCGUUCUUCGUGUUUUACAACGAAUAAUGAGAAAGAAAAGGAAGAGAAAGUUGAAGGAUCUAGGGAAGUUACUAGGUGGUUAGUUGCAUUGCAAGAUGCAGAAGUAGAAAAAACGCGAGGGAUUGAGUUGAUGGUGUCUAAUCAUGGGAGGGAAGAAAUGAGAAGUUCAAGAAGGCAUGUGUUUGAGGAUAUUAUUGAGAGUGUUGAAAUGAAGGAAGGAGUAGUAGAGGAAGAGAAAGCUAGAGUUAGCAUUUGUAUUCCACCUAAGAAUGCUUUGCUUUUAAUGAGAUGUCGAUCUGAUCCUAUGAAAAUGGCAGAUAUUACUAGUCGAUUCUGGGAAUCACCUACUCGAAAAGAAGGAGAUAAGAAAGAAAAUGAGGCUUCGGAAAAAGAAGUAGUAGAUGCACACAACUUUGAAUGCAAAGUACCAGAGGAAACUAGUGUUCCAGUAGAUCUUGUGGAAAAUGAAGAGAACUCAAAAGAUGUCGUCAUGGAAAUGGAGACAGAAAGUAGUAAGAAUGAAGAAGAAAAGUUCAAGAGCGGUGAAUUAACACCAGAAACUGAACAAGAAGAUGAAAAAGAGAGCGAACAAGUACCUGAAUCAAUUGUAGAUCAAACAACAGAAAACAUUCAAGAUAACCAAGUCCUUGAAGCUGAGAAAGAAGAAGAAGAAGAAGAAGCAAAACCAUCUUUCUCAGGAAACAUUCAAGCUGAUAACCAAGUUCUUGAACCGGAGAAAGAAGAAGAAGAAGCAAAACCAUCUUUUUCAGAAGCCGAAGAUGCCACACUGGAAGUAGAAGAAGAAGAAGAUGAUGAGAGAUUCAAAUCAACUAUAAAGAAGGUCAUCGAAGAAACACUCUUGUUGGAACACAUUGACAUUGAAGAAGACGUGAAAUUUGAUGAGAAUGAAAUCCAAAAAGAAGAUGUGGUGGCACAAGUUGAGUAUCCAAAGGAGUUGAGAAAAGAACAGAACAAAUCAAUUCUUCCAGAUUGUUUGUUACUAAUGAUGUGUGAACCUAAAUUAUCCAUGGAAGUUUCAAAAGAAACAUGGGUAUGCAGCACUGAUUUCAUAUCACCAGAGAAAAAACAAGCUAGUAAAACAGCGAAUAAGAACAACGAAGUAAUCCCCGAGAGAAGGCGCAGCAUUGACUACUCUAAACCUGCGCAAAAUUAUAGCAAGGGCCAACACCUCUCGACAAUGAUAGAGCAGAAACUGGUAAAUGCAAAGGCUUACGAGCCGUUUGUUCUGACAAGGUGCAAAUCGGAGCCGAUGAGGACGGCGGCGGCUGGGGUUGCGCCGGAGAGUUGUUUCUGGAAGAAUAGGAAGAUUCAUGAGCCGCAUAGACGGGAUAAGUUUGGAGUCGGGGCCGCUGGGCUCGGGUUUUGACCCGACCCGACCCGGAUUAUAAGAUUGAGGCUACGUUUGGGGACGGGGCGGCUGGAAUCGGGGUUUUGACCUGACCCGACCCGGAUUAUGUAAUCGGGUCGUACGGGAGAACUGUGGUGGUCUUUGCACACACAGGUUGUACAUUUGCUUUAAACCUUUUUUUAUUAUCAUCAGUGAAAUUUUAGUAGUAGAACAAGUACUAAUCCUUUUUCAGUUUUUAUAAGAUUUUGAUAUCCUUUUUCAGUUUUUAUAAGAUUUUGAAUAUUUCAUGAUUGACUUUAAGAUUA